AUGAACAUUUUUCCAAGUCUAUCAGAGAUGGUGUUUUCAGGUCCCGGGCCCAUAUUGGGGGCGCUUGCAGUGAGCAGCUGCCUUUAUUAUUUGGUUGAUCAUGUUCCUAUUCCUCGAUGGUUGGAUAAAAAGGCCAACCUGAUCGGACAAAUGAACCCCGAAGGGACUACCGGGCUCGAAUGCCCUUAUGAAUACAUUCGACAAAUUUAUGGCAAGUAUCACUGGGCACCAUUUGUUCACAAACUAUCCCCGAACCUUCGAGAAGACGACUAUUCAAAGUACUUGAUGGUGUUGGAAAUCAUGGAUGCCAUCCACCUUUGCUUGAUGCUAGUUGAUGACAUUUCCGAUGGAAGCGAAUAUCGCAAAGGGAAACCUGCUGCACAUAAGAUAUACGGCCCAACCGAAACAGCAAAUCGUGCCUACUACAGAGUUACCCAGAUCCUCACCAAAACGACCAAGGAAUUUCCAAACCUCGCACCGUGGCUGAUGCGAGAUCUUCAAGACAUACUUGAAGGCCAGGAUAUGUCCCUUGUUUGGCGCAGGGAUGGAAUUGGUGGCUUUCCAACCGAUGCCAAGGACAGAGCUGCUGCAUACCAAAAAAUGGCCUCGCUCAAAACAGGCUCAUUGUUCCGUUUACUAGGCCACCUUGUCCUUGAGAAUGACUCCAUGGACGAAGUCUUCACCGUGGUUGCCUGGUACUCGCAGCUGCAAAAUGACUGUAAAAAUGUUUAUUCCUCGGAGUACGCGAGGUUGAAGGGACUUGUCGCUGAAGACUUGCACAAUCGCGAGAUGACAUACCCUAUCGUGCUGGCAUUGGAUGCACCAGAGGGGCAUUGGGUGACAAGGGCCUUAGAAUUUCCGUCGCCUCAUAAUAUUCGCAACGCUUUGAAGGUCAUCAGGAGCAAGUAUGUGCGUGACAAGUGCACAGCAGAGCUAGCAGAGUCCGAGUCCUCCGUUAAAGAGUGGCUGGAAUUGUGGGGUAGGAAGGAAAAACUUGAUUUGAAGGCCUGA